AUGGUGGCGUACCUCCGCUUGCUGCCCCUUUUGGGUCUGCUUCUAGCAGAUGGGACUGGUGUAGCGGCUCAAGGUGUCCAAGGGGUGUCCAAAGGGCAAAAGAGCUGGACAAAAGAAAGCCAAUCCUUUUUUGUUCCAGGUGCUUACAUUGUUGAAUUUGAAGACGAGAAUGACGAAGCAGCUCUGUUUAGCGAUCUCCACAGACACGGGUUUUCUGCAACCAAGCGACAGAGUCUCAACUCUACUCUUUUCAAAGGAGCUUCUUUUCAGUUGAAUUCCAUUAAUCUGGAUCCGUUGUCUACGGCUGCCAGGAUUGCAUCAGUUCCUUCUGUGAAGCAAGCUUGGCCUGUUCACCUUCUAAAGCGCCCAGGAAGCUCAACACUCACCCCACCAAGUGGUGAUUUUAACCACUCGGAUGAAGUUGCAAAUAUCAUCCACAGAGCAAAGUCCGCCAACGACACCUAUUCACCCCACGUUGCCGUUCAGAUCGAUAAACUUCACAAUGCAGGAAUCACGGGCAAGGGCAUCAAGAUCGGUAUCAUCGAUACUGGAGUUGACUUCAACCACCCUGCUCUGGGUGGAUGCUUCGGAAAAGGCUGUGUAGUCACUUACGGAAAGGACCUGGUUGGUGACAACUAUGACGGCUCCAAUACUCCUGUUCCUGGCCCUGAGCCCUAUGCUAACUGUACUACCCACGGAACACACGUUACUGGCAUCAUUGGUGCUCGGUCAAACCCUGUGGGAAUUGUUGGUGCUGCCCCUGGCGCAGAAAUUGGCAUGUACCGAGUCUUUGGCUGUACUGGUGAUGUUGGAGCCGACGUUGCAAUGGCGGCAGCCACCCAGGCUUUCGAAGACGGGUCAGAUGUUCUCUCACUGUCUCUUGGUGGAGCCUCUGGUUGGACAGAGGACGCCUUCUCCGUUCUCUUGCAAAGAAUCGUGGAUGCUGGCGUCCCAUGUGCUGUCGCCAACGGUAAUUCCGGCUCAGCAGGAUUGUUCACUGCAGGCACCCCAGCCAACGGCAAAGGCGUGACGGCAGUAUCGUCUGUCGAGAAUACGCUAACACCGUAUUACGGUACCAUUGGAUACGCAAACACAGAUAAAACUUCCACAGCUGGCCAGCUUCCAUUCGUUUACGCAAACGGAGGAAAUCCACUCCCGAAUAUUACUCUGCCUGUAUUUGCAAUUACCCCCAAUGUCACCACAGAUGGCACUUAUGCCUCUUGCAACCCUCUCAAUAGCAAUGCGCCGACCGACCUCAGUGGUUACAUUGUUCUUGUUCAGUAUACCCUUGGUCCAUGUGAUACUUGGACUGUUGCAGAGUUCCUUGCAAAGAAUAAUAAUGCUAAAUACAUUUUGUACUGGCUCGACCAGUCAGGAAACGCUUACUCUCCUGGCUCGGACGCAGUAGGUUAUGGAAUGACUACCCAACUGCAAGGCCAAAUCUGGAUUGAUCAACUGGACAGCGGCAAGGACCUGUACCUGACCUUUUUCGACUCAGCAUCUGCGCCCAAGGGUUCAAGUUUCCUCCCUAACCCUACCAAUCCCAACACCAUUGACACCUUCACCAGCUGGGGCCCAACAUGGCAAGCAGAUGUCAACCCUUCAAUCUCCACAGUCGGAGGUUCUAUUCUUUCUACUUAUCCACUGAGCGCAGGGAGUUACGCUGUUGAGAGUGGCACUUCCAUGGCCACACCGCUAAUGGCAUCGAUUUACGCCUUGCUUAUGGAGGCACGAGGCACCAAAGACCCCAAGACUCUUUUGAACGUAUUGUCAUCAACAGCCCUUCAGCUGCCAUUCUAUGAUGGAACAACACUGUAUAACGAGUUGGCUCCUGUUGCGCAGCAAGGCGGUGGUUUGGCUCAAGCUUAUGAUGCUGCCCACGCAACAACUCUACUUAGCGUCUCAAGCAUUUCUUUCAAUGACACGGACAACUUUGUUAACAAAAAAAGCUUCGCAAUCAAGAACACCGGAAAGAAGAGCGUCACGUACACGAUUGAUCACAACCCAACUCUAACCAUGUACACAUUUGGAGAUGGCUCGACUGGUCACUACUCUGCGCCUUUCCCAAAUCCCAUCGCCGACGGCGCUGCAGCUAGCCUUUCCUUCUCGGAGAAGAAAGUAACCGUUCCAGCAGGUGGCUCAGCCGCCAUUACUGUUGUAGCAACCCCUCCUCAUGGCUUGAACGCGACGGAAGUGCCCGUUUACAGCGGAUACAUUACCCUCAAUGCCACCAGCGGCGAGAAUCUCGCCAUUCCCUACUUGGGAGUCGUCGGUAGCCUGGCUAAGCUCCCAGUGCUGGAUACAGACUUCAAUUACAUGAUUCGGGAAACUGUUUUCGUGUUGGACCCAGUCCCUGCAAACUAUACAUAUGUCGUCCCUGUUCCAACUUCGACAGUGUGGAAUGAGACUCUUGUUCCUUUGCCCGAUUAUCCUGCUAUCCUUCUCCAGAUCGAUGCUGGAUCUCCCCUCUUCCGAGUUGAUCUCGUGGCUGUUGGCGAUACAAAGUCCAAGGUGAACACAACGAAUGUACUGGGUGCUGACAUUGUUGGCACCCUACCAGGCUUCCCCAUCCCGUUCGCUCCAAAGGGAGAAUGGAUUGUUGCAUACACAGGCAUGACUCAAGAAGGCAUAGCCACUCCUGCAGGGACCUAUCAAUUCCUUGUUCGAGCGGCAAAGGUCUACGGUGACGUGAAUAAUCCCAAGGAUUUCGAGAGCAUGCUCACUCAGCCAUUUAACAUGGCAUACAACUGGACGGCUGCUGCACCGUCGAAUUGA